CAAACUGCAGACUCGCGCAUGCGCUUAGGCCCCCCCGUGGUUUCGGCCUGUUUCGGAACCGCUCGGGUAUUUUCGCCUCUUUGUUUUACUGAUAGUGGAUUUAACUCGGAUUCAACCCAACAUCCAGCGGAGCGCUCUCUACAUACACGGAAAAUUACCCAACAUCCAUGUGCCAAUCAGAAUGAAGAACUGAGCAGCACUGUGGUUUAAGACCUGCUAGAGUAUUGUGAAGACAUGCUGAAUGAGACACAUGGACUGUGAAGAGUGUGUGAGCAGACGUUCAUGAUGCACAGCUAAUGCAGGCCUGGCUGCCUCUCUGUCUGCAGUAGAUUCAUGGCAGCAUUAGGGAACCCCGAGAUGCUCACAAGGAAGAUUAAACUGUGGGACAUAAAUGCCCACAUUACCUGUCGCCUGUGUGAGGGGUACCUGAUCGAUGCCACCACCGUCACAGAGUGCUUACACACAUUCUGCAGGAGCUGUUUAGUGAAAUACCUGGAAGAAAACAACACAUGUCCCACGUGUAGGAUUGUCAUUCACCAGAGCCACCCACUGCAGUAUAUCGGCCAUGACCGAACAAUGCAAGACAUUGUCUAUAAGCUGGUGCCGGGACUCCAAGAAGCGGAGUUGAAAAAGCAGAGAGAUUUCUAUCAGAAACUGGGCAUGGAGGUUCCCGGGGACAUCAAAGGAGAACUGUGCAACAUGAAGGCCCACCUGGACCUGCAGCGCAAUGGUGAUGUAAAAUCUGAGGAUGCAGCAAAGGAUGGAGAGGAGAAACCAGAGGAGGAUAACGAUUACCAUCGUAGUGAUGAGCAGGUGAGCAUCUGUCUGGAGUGCAACAGCAGUAAGCUCCGUGGACUCAAGCGGAAGUGGAUCCGUUGCUCGGCCCAAGCUACCGUUCUUCAUCUUAAAAAAUUCAUUGCCAAGAAGCUCAACUUGACAUCUUUCAAUGAGCUGGACAUUUUAUGCAACGAAGAAAUCCUAGGCAAGGACCAUACGCUUAAAUUUGUGGUGGUUACAAGAUGGAGAUUCAAGAAAUCACCCCUCCUCCUGCAUUACAGACCCAAAAUGGAUUUGCUGUAGUUGGACAGGACGGUUGUUUUGGCCCAGGACUGCGCAGCGCACUAUUUAUGCAGAGACUAUCAAUGCCACACACACACCAAACACACACCAGUCCCACGAGACAGUCCUGACACGAGCCAGCAAACAACCAAUACCAACUCACUUAAUGCUACUCUGGUGAUUCAGCCAAGCCAAACAGCUGCAGGCGUUCCGUCUACUCAUCACCCGCUAUGUCCUCGAUAUGUGAAAAAAGAAAAAAACAAACAAAAAAAAAAAAAACAAGAGAAAGCAUAUAUUUAUACUUUUGUACAGACGAGAGACAUGGACCCAAGACGCUAUAACGGUGCUCUGUUUACACACCAACAACAAACAAAGCGGUGAAGGUUUUAUAUGGCGACCAUGGCUCAUGCUUCAGUGCAGUGAAGAGCAGCCACACAGUGUGUACGCUCCUGAGUGGGGGUCCUAUCACACUGCUCACUGCGGAGAAACAUCUUCACUGCCCACUCACUCGUUCAGGUCUCAACCGUCUCGGGAGCACAGAAAAUACAACUAUAUGACAAAAGACAUCGUUCCUAACACGUAUGAGUUGUGAAUUGUCUCAGAGCAUUUUUUUUCUCCUCCCCUUUUUGUUGCUUCACCGAACGUGGAGUUGUGAAUAGACAAAAUUUUGUGUAGUAAUUUAUGUUCAAUUUACAAGUAUUGUACAUAGAAAUUGUUACAAUGCAAGAGAGAUAAAAAACUGAUAGAUGAAAUGUAAGAGUGAGCGAGUGUGUGAGUGCAAGACAGAGAUUGACUGACAGACUGUUCAGACUGAACGCAGAUUUUAAUGGAAUGAUUCGAGGAAACCAAAUUUACACCAGUUUUCCACCUGAACACAUAAGAUACAGUGCUUUGCAUAAGUAUUAACCCCCACAUGAACGUUUCCAAAUUUUGUAGUGUAACAACCUGGAAUUGAAAUAGUUAAUUAGGAUUCCAUGUCUUCAUGUUGGUUAUAUAUCUCUUAUCUGCACAAAAUAACCCUGAAGAUUUAAAUGGGAGGAGAAAUUUAUAUAGUUCCCAUAUAUUUACCAAUAAAGAGCAUAAAAGCAUAAAUAUUCAACCCCUGUUUCUGUCAUUAGUUUCAGGGCCAUCAGAUGUCAAAUCAUUAGUUAUUUGAAAUCUAAAUAUUAAAUUAACUAAUUUCUGAAAGGCCCCAGAGAAUGUUGAGGAAAAUACCCCAAACCCUCAGCGUCAUGAGCUCAAAGAACUUCCAAAACAAUAUUCUGGGAACAUAAUCAAUCAGGGCUUUGGUUAUCAAAGAAAAUCCCACAGAGCACCAUUAAUGCAUAUUUGUACAUAAUGUUGCAAACUAUAUUGUUUUUUCAUCUUUGUGGUCAAUAUUAUGCUCAAUUUGGUGUUGAUCCAUGACAUAUAAUCCCUGUUAAGUUCUUUUAGUUUCCUGGUUGUAAGGCUAAAAAAUGUAGACCGCUUAAGGGGGGGGGUGAAUACUUACAUAAGGCAGUGCAUGUCCAGAAUUUUUUUUUUACUUAGAUGUCAAACGCAUCCUAGUUUUUGAAUUAUAUUUGAGGUGCAAAAUUGGUGUUAAUUGUUUUUCUUCCCCCUCAAACAUUCUUUUAAAAAGUCAGAUGUGUGAAUAUAUAGGGACAUAAAGACUAUUUGCAUAGUGAGAUUCCUGAUCAGAAUGUGUCCUUUAACAGAGGGAUGGUACCUUAUCUCACUAAACACACACUUGUUUUCCCCUUGAAAUUGAAGGGGGUGUUUAGUGUCUGUGUGACAAUAAUGGCAGUGAUAUAAAUUAGAAAGCGGUUUUGAAAUGACAGUGCUUUUAAACCAUUCUCCCGAGUUAUUCGUUUGCCAUCGUGGAGUUAUUAAUGUCGUCUAAUGAUGGAUCGUUAACUUAAGGCAUAUUAGUCAUGCAAAAUAUCACACUCUUCAAAUGAACAAACUGCCUUCAUUAAAAAAAAAAGAAAGAAAGAAACGGUAGCUUGUAUUCGGAAGCAAGCAUUUACUGUUUGACGUGUGUUAAAUACACUAUGCGAUACAUUUCUAUAGGGUUUGUGUCUGGACAUGGACGUGGAAAUGAUGCAGCACAGAAAACGUAAUCUGUAUCUCAGCAUCCGUCCCUGAGGUUCCCCUACACCACACCCAGUCUUAGAACCAUAUAUGCAAUACAUAGGCUUUAUUAUAAGUUUAGCAGAAGCGAAUUUUAAGCAUUUUAGGUUUCCACAGAAGCUUUAGUAGCCCACUCCUCUACAGAAAGAAUGUAAUCCAUAUGAGUAUCCAUCUGUACCGUUCAUCUCUUGUGUUCUGCCACUUUUUAGUGCCAAAGGCUCAAAGACACCCUUCAGGUUUCAUGUUUAUUCUGUAUGGCAAGCUGUGUGAAAGGCAAAAUGGAGAGAUCAUAAAAGAAAAAUAGUAUUUAAUAAUCUGAAAUUGCCGUUUGUCACCAUUCGUGUUUUCAGAAAUUAACAAUUCUUAUUUUUUUUAAAACCUGGAGCCCUCUUUUAAGACGCAUCGAUUCAUAAUAUUUCAGACUUUGCUAUAGAAGCUCAUAUGAGCGAUGUCUAAAGGGCUCUCUAUCAGUACAUUCAGUACCAUUUUCCUCUCAGCUACUCAGUGAUGAAAUAAUAACAAUCAAGUUUUGAUACUGAGAUUUGAUAUCUCAUUUUUAAUAAAAUGUCUCCUUUUUGGAAAAUAUAUAUAUAUAUAUAUAUAUAUAUAUAUAUAUAUAUAUAUAUAUAUAUAUAUAUAUAUAUAUAUAUAUAUAUAUAAAAUAAAAAAACACCUACUCGGUAGACAGGGAAUGAAGUGGUACAUAUGAGGUCUUCUAGCUGCUCACUCAUUCUGUGUGUCUACUUUCACACGGGUAAAAUGCCAAAACCAGCUUGACCAAAUCUCAUUUUAUUUGGUUCUCCAAGUUACUACACAUCUUGUUCUGUGUUAAAGACUACAGUCUCGCAUCAGAUCUCCUGCCUGUAUCAUGUUUUAUCCUUUCUCUCUGGAUGUGCUUAUUUUGUAUUGAUGUCUUAUAAUGUGAACUAUUUCAGUAUGUAAUGAAGAAAUGUUAUGCUUUACUGUUUCUAAAGCACAGGUUCUGCUUAUUUGUAUAUUUUAGGUAUUUUUGACCUAGUCCUGAAUGGUUCAUGAGCAAUCCACACCUUAAUUACAGCCGUCUCAUUUUUGUGCUAAUUCAUUGUAUUACUGGAUGAAAUCAUGAAACCAGGCCAGCGAAUCACCAUGAAUAGUCUGAAAUGGAACAAGCACAUGCGUUAUUAUUGUUGUUUGUAUUAUUUCAUGUACUCAUUUUCUUUUACAUGAGUACAGUUCAGGAUUAACGGAAAAUGGUCUGGAUUUGUUUUUUCUUCGUGGAGAAGGCCGGUGGUGCUGUCUUUCUUUUGAGUUGAUAAAUGGUGCUAAUGUUUUCUACACUUUGUUUAAAAAAAAAAAAGGAAAAAAAAAAAAAGAAGGCUUAUGCUUCAGAGCAGUGGAUGGUAAAAAAGAGCCGCUUUUUUGUGUCUGGUGCUCUCGAAUUUUGUAUAAGCUCAUUUCUCCAGGCUGUGUGUGGGGGGGAAAUAUCCACAAACCCAUAUGUUCUUUUUCUUGUGUUAUUACAGUAUAAGCAGAAAUAUCACGACUGCACCAUCCAUCCCCAUCCAUGCAACUAAGAAAAACAGUUUCUGGCAAAGCUUCAUUACGUCUACGCUUUUCCUAAACACAGCUCCACCUGCCUUUUUCAGACCCUGCUGGUCUGAAGUGCAGUACCCUGUUACUGUUAAGUCUGUACGGGCACAAGAUUUGUUUUGUUUUUGUUUUGCAUGUGAAAGUGAAAAUCUCACACCUGCAUUGCAUCUGAGAGAGUAGGAACUAUUCAGGCCUGCAUUAAGACAUCAGCGCUACACUUGACAGACAGGCUGUAAGAAGAUUAUGUGAGUGCCCCUUGAAUGCCCGGCACUCUGAAGGCCUCUGUUUAGAGACCUGGACGGUGCCAGAUCCCUCUUUAUCUCUCUCAGUACUGGUGUGUGGUUUUGUUUAGACACUUCCCUCAUUGGUGAUCAUUCUGGAUCUGUUUAGGCCACAAUUUAGUCAGAUACUAUCAUGAAAGUUUUUUUUUUUUGUUUUUUUUCCGUUUUGUUUUUUUAUAAAAAAAAAAACUUUUUCUUUUCUUUCUUAUACCUCUGAUUGUUUUCACCUUACAUUAAGCUUAUCAUUAAUCCCUAAACCUGCGUGUGUAUUUUCAAACAAUUGAGCAAAGAACCUGAUGGGGGAAGGAUGGAGAAUUCUGCAUACAGAGGCAUUGGAAAGAUCUUCACCAGCAAGCCUCUCUGCUAGGACUGCAUCCUGAACAUAUUGCCAUGGUUACACUGAUUGAAAGGUGCUAACGAUUGGUCAGUGACUGUGGUUUGCCAGGUGUUUCAGUUACAUGCGUGGCAACACCCAUCCGUCUUAACAAGGCACCAAACUUUACACCUUCUAAACCUGGCUUUCUUUAAAAAAAAAAAAACAACUAACUUUCUAAUUGCAUUAAUGACAAAUAAUUUUCAGGACCAACAUUGACAGUGGCACCUUCCUAUGAGCCAUAAAUACUGUCCAAACUUUGUUUUUUUUAAAUUGUAUUUAUUUAUACUGUAAAAAAAUAAUUGACUCUUUGCAGUAGCCUGUUUUUUGAUAUGUCAUGCGAUCUGGUGUCUUUUUUUUUUUUUUUUGCAUUGAAUUAUUUGUGUGUGUUUUUUUUCUUUCUUUUGAACACAUACAGGGCUUAAAAAUGAACAUGUCACAACUGUCCUUUCUGUCUUUCUGCAUGUAGUCUUAUGCCUGUAAUUCCAUUGAACUGAUGUGUGUGUUAUUGCUCUUUGGCUACAACACGCCUGCUGUAAUCUGAUCAGGUUCGACUGCGAGAGUGUCUCAUCUUUGCUCGGAUGCUUCAUUGUGUUUAUGAGGAGGAAAAAUGUGCAAUAUACAUCUCUCAGAUGGAUCCUGGUUUCAGCUCAAGAAACUCCAUUGCUUCUUUUCUGUUUCCGUCAGGCGCUCAGGUCACUGAACGAAUCCUUUCAGUCCUCAUCUCACAUACGUUCUACACUAAUGUUUCAUUCUCAUCAACUUAUACCUUUGGGGGUUGAACUUUGGCACUUAAUGUGGUGCCAUGUUUCUUUUUGUGUCUUCAUUAACCGUAUUAUGAUUAUUUAUUGCACAUGUAAUAUGGAUGGUUUCCAUGGCUACACUUAAAGGAGUCUGAGUUUAAAACUAGGCUGGAGUUUCUUACAAUUUUAUGGACGCUUUUGUUGAAAAAUUUAAAAGUGUGUAUUUCAUGAAUAAAUGCCUUAAAAGAACCA